GACAAUCACCCUCCAGGGGAAGCUAAGCCCAAGAGGCAGAGAAAGAGGAGCUCGUGGACCAUCCACCUUAAGCAUCAUCAGCACCUGCUCACUGCCUCUUUCGAAUCAGCCAAGAUGCGGUCCCUUUUGCUUGCCCUGAUUCUCCUUGCGUGGGCAGAGGCCAAGCGAAUGGGUGGCCACCACCGACACUGCUUUGCCGCAGAGGAUGUGCAGGAAGGGUACGUGCCCUCGCUGUUCCGGAGCAGGGCCACACGGUGGGAACGCCAAGCUCCUGUGCAUCUCGUGCCCUACGUGGAGGGUGAAGAGGCCAGUCCACGGAGGCAGCGGAGGCACCACGAGACCAGCUGCCCCGAUCUGAAGGUCCAGGGCACUCUGAACAGAGAAAUCCACGAGCGCUCCAUCUCACCAUGGACAUACCGUAUUGAUGAAGAUGAGGACCGCUAUCCGCGCAAACUGUCCAUUGCAGAGUGUCUCUGCAAAGGAUGCAUUGAUGUCAAGACAGGAGAAGAGGUGACCUCGCUCAACUCUGUGCCAGUGUUCCAGAACAUGAUGGUGCUGCGACGCAAGCCAUGCCAACACGACAGCGAGGCUACUGGCUUUACCUUUGAAGUGAAGUACAUUGAUGUGCCCGUAGCCUGUGCCUGCGUCCUCCCCCGAUACAGCAGCUGA